CGUAAUAAAAUUACAAAAAUCCACGAAAUAAAAGAUAAAAUCGAAAUAAUAAUAAGCAUUGUAUUCAGUUUAGAAACAAAGCCAACGCCACUCGAAAAUUAGAAGCAGAGGCUAAAUGCAGAUGCAGAUGCCCACAAAGCUGACAGAUACUGCAAGCAUUUAUCUCAUCACGAAAAAAUAGAUAUAUUAAUAGAAUUAAAAGAAAAAAAAAAAAAAAAAAAAUCAUGCAAAGUCUCUCAUGCACGUGAGAGGAGGAUCAGCUGGGUUGAGUCAUGCGCGUCAGUCUUUCGGAAGCUAUUUAUGGGGUCGAUGACAAAUCCAGGAAAGUUUAGGACGCGUGAUGCUGUUUAUCUGCGUUGUGGUUAAGUUGCGUCGAGGGAGGAGAGCUAAUUAGCCCGCUUAUGUAUAUGUAUGCAGGUAUGCUUGUAUGUAGGUAUGUGUGUAUUUAUGUAUGUGUGCAGGUAUGUAUGUCUGUAUGUAUGUAUAUAUGUAUUCGUGUGUGUGUAUGUAUGUAUGUCCAUGCAAUUUAAUUACUUAUAGUCACUGUUACUAUGCACACAUCCUCACACCUCUAUUAAUGAUUUUCCUUGUUAUCCAACUUUGCAUGAAUAGAUACACAGAUGAAAAAAACGAACAAUAUAUUUGUAACUUAUCUUUUUUUGAAGGGAGGAGAGCGAGAAAGAAAUUUUAUCUGACACCGUAUACACCAAAAAUUGAUACAGCGUACCCAGAUCCCUUUCAAAAAACAUCGCCGAAUUUGAAUAACUCCGCUUUUCUGUCCCCACCGCAAAAAAAGUAUGUUGCCGACCACCUGGGAGUUAGUGUUCAAAUUAACUAAACCACAGCCUGUGUCAUUCUCUUCUGUCCUCCCUACAGAUAUCCCUUACUAGUGUGAGGUCACCGCGAAAGAGUGGCAUUGCCAACAUUGUGUUCUUAUCGUACGAAAUCGAUUUGUUUAUGUUUUUCUGUUCUCUCUCUCUCUCUCUCUCUCUCUCUCUCUCUCUCUCUCUCUCUCUCUCUCUCUCUCUCUCUCUCUCUCUCUCUUUCUCUCUCUCUUUCUCUCUCUCUCUCUCUUUCCUCAAAGUCUCUUCCUUUUCGUUUGUUUUUUUCUUUUUUCGUGGUAUUUUCCUGUAAGCUAAGCUCAGGGUGUGGCAUCUGUUGCAUUUUUUUUAUAUAUCAUUGCAAUUAUUUUGAGUGUGGUUCUUCAAGCGGUUACGCUUAUUACUUCUUCAACAACUUAAUAAACUCAUCAUAACCACUGCCAUGAUAUUAUAUGAGUAGCAUGAUAGAAAAUAUCUAUAUAACAUUAAUAUAAUUCCAGACACUCCUACCGUAAUCAGUGAGAUAACCACAAUGAAAAACACUUUUAAUCAGUGGCAAAACACAAUCUAAAGUCUAGCCGAAACCUUUCGAACAAUGGUCAUUGUAUCGUAUCCUCAACAAUGAAAACCGAAACGAGCAUUGUGGAGAAACGAAGGCGACCAUACACGGGCACCUCUGUUCUUACAUUCAGUUGUCGGAUAUCCUUCCAGUGUUUGGAAUCUUCGAUCGACUAUAGGAAAUCCAGAUGCAGUGCCAAAAGGUAUAGCUGGUUUAUUUAUUCACCGCCGUUGAUAUUCCAUGACGUAGAAUCGACAUAAUUUUAUUAUCAUAUAAAUCAAUCAAUUCAAAAUGGCACCUACAAGAUCUGAAGAGAAGACACCACUCCUGAAGGAAAUAACUACAAACAAAACUUUAGACGACAUCGAGAAAGGACCUCAGACCGAACAAACAUCAUGCGGCGCCAGAUUCAAACGAUUCUUGUCGAAUGUUACAGUCGAACCAGCGUUACUUUUGCAUUCCCUGUCCUACGCGGUGGAGGGCGUGUUCAAGACCAAUAUGGUCGUGGACAAGACUUGUUCCAUCGAGCUGCAGUACAGUGACGACGUGUGCACCAACCUUGACUCCGGGAACUACGAUGCAAAGCAAGACAUCGUUCAGGAGAUCACCAACAAUUACAAUAUGUACAGCGAGUGGAUAGAGAUGGGACCUGCCGUCUUCGUGCUCGUUUUCCUGGGAAUGUGGAGCGACAGACGCAGCCGCCGCUUGCCUCUGCUCUUGCCGAUGGUGGGGUCGACCCUGAAGGCUUUGGGUCUUAUGGCUAACGCAUACUUCUGGUCCCUCCAGCCCUACUUCAUCCUGCUCUCCUACAUCCCUUACGGCUUGACAGGCAGCAUGAUGGGCGCCUUCAUGGCCGCGUACGCAUACAUAGGCGACACGUCCGGCACUCGCUCGAGGACGACGCGUCUGUCCUACGCUGGCAUCACGAUGUUCGCCUCCUCCCCCGUCGGCCACGCCCUCGGGACGCUGCUUUUCCGUUACGGCGGCUACACGCUCGUCUUCGGGGUGGAGUUCGUCGUCUCGGCUCUUUCCGCUGUCUACGUCGUACUGCGGUUCGACGACAAACCACCGCAUGGCGCGAUGGAGGGCGGAGAGAAGAGGAUUUUCUCGCUGGACACCAUUAAGUCGACGUGGCGGGUUGUGUUCAAGGAGCGGGAAGGCCGGGGGCGUCCGCAGAUCCUGGGCCACAUCGCUUGCAUCUGCCUUUAUGUCAUGUCUUUUGGUGGAAUGACUUUCCUGUUUCUUUACACCCGCAAGAAGUUCCAAUGGGAUUACUUCGACUACACUAUCUAUAGCAUGUUCACUACGCCAGUUUCCAUCCUGGGCACCUGCGUUGUGUUGCCAAUCCUGAGCUACCGACUGAGAAUAGAGGAUGGUAUGAUAGCUUUUAUCUCCAGCUGCUCGCAUAUCUUUUACGGCGUCAUGCUGGGCACAGCUCCUGCGGCCUGGGUGCUCUACUUAACCGUGGCGGUGACCGGCAUCUCCUCCUUCGCGAUUUCGUGUUCCCGCGGCGCCCUGUCCAAGCUGGUGGCGCCGGACGAACUGGGCGCCGUUUUCUCCGUCAUCGGGAUGGGCGAGUCCCUCCUCCCCGUCCUGACCACGCCCCUUAACACCGCCAUCUACAACAGCACUCUUGAAGUCUUCCCUGGCAUGGUCUUCGUCGUGCAGGCGGGCGUCUCCGUAGUCAUCGCUGUUAUCUAUGUGUGGCUGUUGACCAGUUUCGAAAACCCGAAGCACAAGGCACUGACAGCAUAAAUCGUAACAGCGUCAUACAGGGUUCCUUUCUGUCUAGGAUUAAUAAUACAUAGUGUCCAAGACAGCGAUGGUCCACUCGA